AUGUCUGAUAAAUUCCCACCUCUUGAGGAUGAGCAGUUUAAUGCCGAUGCCGUUGAAUCCAAUGAAGAGACGGACUUUUUGAAAAGAGAGGCCGAACUUUUAGGAGACGAGUUCAAGACCGAAGAAGACUCUGAGUUCCUGCAACAAGACAAAGACAACGAAAUUGAAGACUUUGAAAGGACAUAUCCUGAGGUCUCAAAUGUGCAAGCACAUGGUGAAGUGGACGCCGAUGCUAAUGAGUCCGAAUUCGAUGAUUUCGGAGAGCCUCAAACGGCGACUAAGGAAGCAAGUCGUGGUACGGCGGUAGCUCAAUGGCAGGAGAAGCGCGCCACUGAGAUUGCUGAAAAGGACAUUGCAGAAGAAAAUGCAAAGAAAGAAUUGCAGGAAAAAGCCGCCAAGCAUCUGGACGAUUUCUACGAAAACUACAAUGAAAAGAAGCAGCAACAGUUGAAAGCGUACAGAGAAGAAGCUCAAGAGCUUUUGCACCGCAGAGACGAGUUUUUCGCGCAAUACAACACCGUCUGGGAUAGAGUUUUCGAGUUGAUCAACGUCGACGACGCCGACAUUGUUGGCGACAGAAAUAGAUCCAAGUUCAAAGAGAUCUUGCUGAGGCUGAAGGGCAACCCGAAGGCGCCUGGUGCUGUCUCUACCAGCUAA